AUGGAGGAUAUAGACUAUAACGUGAAGAGGAUGAGGUUGUUGUCUGCUGGAAGUACAACAUUCUUCACUUCCGAUAACGAAACGGAUCGUGGAAUGUAUAUUAUGCAGGAUUCGAAUAACGUAAUCAGCUUCCCCUUUGAGGCAGAGAUUCAGCAAUCGAUCAGCCAGAUCGGCAUAUCCGAACGCGCCCACAAAGGGCGUUUUCAUGACCCACCCACUUCGGAUAGCGAAGAGGACUAUCAGCAGUAUUUUUCACGAUAUUCCACUGCUUUAACAAGUAACAUCAUGAUCCACGAUUCUCAUAAAAUGCCAAUCCUUGCCAGAAGGAAACCAGACUUUGUUGGAAUUGCAAAGGACUGGCCACUCGAUGCACUCAAUGUCAGUCUGGUUAUAGAGAUUAAGCCAUAUAAGACAGCCGCCUUUUCACAUGCAGAUGUUGGGCAAUUAGCAUCAUUUGCUGACAGAGUUCUUCGAAUCCAACCAACACCAGAGAGAACGGAAGGGGGUAUUAUCUUUUACCGAACCACGAUGGCGACCAUCAAGAACAAAGGUCCUGGCUGGGACUGGCUUGUUACACUUUUUCAUCGGACACCAGCUGAACUAGGGUGGCGAGAGUCUGAAAUUUUUUACAAUUCAGGGUCCAAUUGUGUCAAGCUUUUGAGAUUGCUGGGACGUGGAAGAACUUCAUGGGUAUUUGAAGGAUUAGUUACAAAGGGAUCACAUGUGGAACACCAAGUUGCAGUUAAGAUCACUUGGGAUUUUAUGCAUGAAAGGAUUGACAAGGAA